AUGGGGACCGGCCCCGGCGUCUCCGGGCGCCGAGCGGCCUCCAGACCCGGCCUCGGACUGUCCUCUCGGGAUUCCGCGCCCUGCUGGGCCGGGGGUCGCGCCAGCGACGGUGAAGGGCAGGUAUGCCACCACGCCGACUGCCAGCAGCUGCACCGCCGGGGACCCCUCAACCUCUGCGAGGCCUGUGACAGCAAGUUCCACAGCGCCAUGCAUUACGACGGGCACGUCCGCUUCGACCUGCCGCCCCAAGGCUCUGUCCUGGCCCGGAACGUGUCCACCCGGUCAUGCCCCCCACGUACCAGUCCUGUGGUGGACUUGGAGGAGGAGGAUGAAGGCUCUAUGGAUGGCAAAGGGGACCGGAAGAGCACAGGCCUGAAACUAUCCAAAAAGAAAGCAAGGAGGAGACAUACAGAUGACCCGAGCAAGGAGUGCUUCACCCUGAAAUUCGACCUAAAUGUGGAUAUCGAGAUGGAGAUCGUACCUGCCAUGAAGAAGAAAUCGCUGGGGGAAGUGUUGCUGCCUGUAUUUGAAAGGAAGGGCAUUGCGCUGGGCAAAGUGGACAUCUACCUGGACCAGUCCAACACGCCUCUGUCCCUCACCUUUGAGGCCUACAGGUUCGGAGGACACUACCUGCGGGUCAAAGAGCCAGCCAAGCCCGGGGAUGAAAUCAAGGUGGAGCAGGGAGUGAAAGACUCCAAGUCUCUGAGUCUGCCGAUCUUGCGACCAGCGGGAGCUGGGGCCCCUACCCCAGAGCGAGGGGACCCCCAGAGCCGCCGGGAGAGCCUCGACAUCCUGGCCCCUGGUCGCCGCCGCAAGAACAUGUUGGAGUUCUUAGGGGAGGCGAGCAUCCCUGGGCAGGAGCCCCCCGCCCCCUCCAGCUGCUCUCUGCCCAGCGGUGGCAGUGGUGGUCCCAGCAGUGCCGGUGGUGACAGUUGGAAGAACCGGGCAGCCAGCCGCUUCAGUGGCUUCUUCAGCUCAGGCCCCAGCACCAGCGCAUUUGGCCGGGAGGUGGACAAGAUGGAGCAACUGGAGGGGAAGCUGCACUCCUACAGCCUCUUCGGGCUGCCCCGGCUGCCCCGGAGACUGCGCUUCGACCAUGACUCGUGGGAGGAGGAGGAGGAGGAGGAUGAAGAUGAGGACAGUGCCUGCCUACGGCUGGAGGACAGCUGGAGGGAGCUCAUUGAUGGGCAUGAGAAGCUGACCCGUCGGCAGUGCCACCAGCAGGAGGCAGUGUGGGAACUCCUGCACACAGAGGCCUCUUAUAUCAAGAAACUUCGAGUGAUCACCAACCUAUUCCUGUGCUCCCUCCUGAACCUGCAAGAAUCCGGGCUGCUGUGUGAGGUGGAGGCGGAGCGCCUGUUCAGCAACAUCCCAGAGAUCGCGCGUCUGCAUCGCGGGCUGUGGGGCAGCGUGAUGGCACCGGUGCUGGAGAAGGCGCGGCGCACGCGGGCGCUGCUGCAGCCCGGGGACUUCCUCAAGGGUUUUAAGAUGUUCGGCUCGCUCUUCAAGCCCUACAUCCGAUACUGCAUGGAGGAGGAGGGCUGCAUGGAGUACAUGCGUGGCCUGCUGCGUGACAACGACCUCUUCCGGGCAUAUGUCACGUGGGCCGAGAAGCACCAGCAGUGCCAGCGACUGAAGCUGAGUGACAUGCUGGCCAAGCCCCACCAGCGGCUCACCAAGUACCCACUGCUGCUCAAGUCGGUGCUGAGGAAGACGGAUGAGCCGCGUGCCAAGGAAGCCAUCGUUACCAUGAUCAGCUCGGUGGAGCGUUUCAUCCACCACGUGAAUGCGUCCAUGCGACAGCGACAGGAACAGCAGCGGCUGGCGGCGGUGGUGAGCCGCAUUGACACCUACGACGUGGUGGAGAGCAGCAGCGAUGAAGUGGACAAGCUCCUGAAGGAAUUUCUGCAACUGGACUUGACUGUACCCAUCCCUGGGGCCUCCCCAGAAGAGACGCGGCAACUCCUGUUGGAGGGGAGCCUGAGAAUGAAGGAGGGGAAGGACAGCAAGAUGGAUGUGUACUGCUUCCUUUUCACGGACCUGCUCUUGGUAACGAAAGCAGUGAAGAAGGCGGAGAGGACCAAGGUCAUCAGGCCGCCACUGCUGGUAGACAAGAUUGUGUGUCGGGAGCUGCGGGAUCCUGGGUCAUUCCUCCUCAUCUACCUGAAUGAGUUCCGUAGCGCCGUGGGGGCCUACACAUUCCAGGCCAGCGGCCAGGCUUUGUGCCGCAGCUGGGUGGACGCCAUUUACAAUGCUCAGAACCAGCUGCAGCAGCUGCGUGCACAGGAGCACCCAGGCAGCCAGUCGCCCCUGCAGAGCCUGGAGGAAGAGGAAGAUGAGCAGGAGGAGGAGGAAGAGGAAGAAGAAGAGGAAGACGGGGAGAGCAGCACUUCGGCUGCCAGCUCCCCCACCAUUCUGCGCAAAAGCAAUAACAGCCUUGACUCUCAGCGUUGUGCUUCGGAUGGCUCCACAGAGACGCUGGCCAUGGUCGUGGUAGAGCCUGGAGAGACGCUAUCCUCUCCGGAGCUGGAGGGUGGUCCCUUCAGCUCCCAGUCAGACGAGAUCUCCCUCAGCACCACAGCCUCCUCCAUCACUCCCACCAGCGAGCUGCUGCCCCUGGGCCCAGUGGAUGGCCGCUCCUGCUCCAUGGACUCUGCCUACGGCACCCUGUCACCCACCUCCCUGCAGGACUUUGUGGCUCCAGCCUCUGUGUUGGAGUCAGCGCCCCGGCCCUCAGAGUUGCCUCAAGCCCCCUCACCCUCACCGUCACCCUCACCCCGUCUCCGUCGCCGCACCCCUGUUCAACUGCUGCCCCGCCUGCCCCACUUGCUCAAGUCCAAAUCAGAAGGCAACCUCCUCCAGCUGCUGUCAGGGACUGCCACCUGUGGGGCGCCCCCAGCGCCCAGCCGCAGCCUGUCGGAGCUCUGCCUGGCCACUGCAACCUCCAGAACUAGGACUCAGAGCUCCUCUCAGGAAGCCAGGCCCCGCUGGGAUUGCCGGGGGGCAUCCAGCCCUGCCAGUGGCCCUGACCUGUCACAGCCUGAUGAUAGGACAAGUGGCCCCGUUCUGGAGCUCGGAGGCUCCACCCCAAAGAACAGCCAAGAGCUGCCCUCAGGGGCCUCGGUAAAGGUCCAGCCUGAGCCCCCUUCAAGCAUCUCUGCCCAGCACAGGAAGCUGACCCUGGCCCAGCUCUACCGCAUCAGGACCAGCCUGCUGCUCAACUCGACGCUCACUGCCUCGUGA